GGCAGAGUGCGGCCGCGACGGGGCGGGCGGACUCUCUGGCGCUCAGAGCCAGCCUCGGGUCCUCAGCGCCUGGCGCUCGAACCUCCGUCCCGACCUCCACCCGGACCCGGACCCAGACCCCGACCCGGCCCGGCCCGGCCCCCCGCCCCCGCCCCCCGGGCCGAUGGACUACUCCUACCUCAAUUCGUACGACUCGUGCGUGGCGGCCAUGGAGGCGUCCGCCUACGGCGACUUCGGCGCCUGCAGCCAGCCUGGCGGCUUCCAAUACAGCCCCUUGCGACCCGCCUUCCCCGCGGCGGGGCCACCCUGCCCCGCACUCGGCUCCUCCAACUGCGCGCUUGGCGCCCUACGCGACCACCAGCCCGCGCCCUACUCGGCAGUGCCCUACAAGUUCUUCCCGGAGCCGUCAGGCCUGCAUGAGAAACGCAAGCAGCGGCGCAUCCGCACCACUUUCACUAGCGCGCAGCUCAAGGAGCUGGAGCGCGUCUUCGCGGAGACCCACUACCCGGACAUUUACACGCGCGAGGAGCUGGCACUCAAGAUCGACCUCACCGAGGCUCGUGUGCAGGUCUGGUUCCAGAACCGCCGGGCCAAGUUCCGCAAACAGGAGCGCGCGGCCAGCGCCAAGGGCGCGGCGGGCACGGCGGGAGCCAAAAAGGGCGAGGCGCGCUGCUCGUCUGAGGACGACGACUCCAAGGAGUCCACGUGCAGCCCCACGCCCGACAGCACCGCAUCGCUGCCGCCGCCGCCGCCCGCGCCCAGCCUGACCAGCCCGCGCCUGAGCCCCAGUCCGCUGCCCGCCGCCCUGGGCUCUGGGCCCGGACCCGGACCCGGGCCCCAGCCUCUCAAGGGCGCGCUGUGGGCCGGCGUGGCGGGCGGUGGGGGCGGCGGGCCCGGCACGGGCGCGGCCGAGCUGCUUAAGGCCUGGCAGCCGGCGGAGCCCGGGCCCGGGCCCUUCUCGGGCGUUCUGUCCUCCUUUCACCGGAAGCCCGGUCCCGCCCUGAAGACCAACCUCUUCUAGCCCCCGGCCUCUAGAGGCUUUGAGCCUUUCCCGAGACGCCCCAGCCCCUCCAGGACCCAACGGAACCCGUCCCGUCCCGGCGUCUGCCUGGAAGUUCCCAUCUGUCCCCACUCCCAUGGUGUCAGACCCCUACGUGUGCCCUCCCCGACUCUGGAGUCAGGGCCGCCCCGAAGAGUAGAGUGCUUUUCACGGGGACCCCUCCGGGAGAGCCCAGAGCCCUUCCCAGCUCGGUUUUCUUUGGAAGCGGGAUCAAAUGACACCUGUCCCUGAAAGUGCCCCCAGGGGAAGGUCCUCAGAGAGGAGCGGCCCCGCCCCCUCCGCUGGCUCCGCUGCUGGCUGGGUCACUCCUUAUCUCGGAGGUCACUUCUUACCUCCUCCCCAUCCCUGCCAAGGCCGCGGUCCCUGGGCUGAACAGCAGUCUGAGGGGACCUGCCGCCCACGCGCCCCUCCGGCUCCUCUCCCUCCAGCGGGUCUGGCGCAGAGUGCCCCUGUCAUCGCGGGGGCUGCCCCAGGAGGAGGCAGAGGCUUCCUUUCACCUGAUUUUUUUUUUUUUUUUUUUUUUGGUUGUUGCUGUUGUUCCUUUUCUUUGAAAAACUUGUAAUUUAUUGAGGUGAGUUUUG